AUGCGCACCCUCGCACGAGGAGCAACCCGUCGACUGCCAUCGCUGUUCUACACGGAUAUACAUAAGCAGUGUCUUCGGCUGUUUUACCCACCUCGUGAUUCAGCACUUCCACCAACACACAUACAUAUAUACAUACACCUUAUACACAUGUCCUCCGCGGCGGCUUCGGCAGACACGGCCGCGCCCGUCAGCUUCCUGGACGCGCUGCGGCAGCGCUACGGUGCGACCGCCGACGACCACAACAGCGUGCUCGUGCAGGACAAAAAGUGGCAGUUUGUGGGGUCCGAAAAGGCGGCGAAGCGGCAGAGCCAGUACGACCGCCUGACCCUCGUCGUGCUGCGCAACUGCGGCAUCACGUGCGCGAUGACGACGGACGAGACGCGCGACGGCAACCACGACAACGCACUGAAGGACGCGAACAUGGCCCGCCUGGAGGAGCUGGACCUCUCGGAGAACCCGCGGCUGACGCUGUGGGAGGUGGGGAAUCUGCUGCCGUACCUGCCGCGAUUGGCGACGCUGCAGUUGUGCGACAUACCGGCCUUGCUGUCGCCCGCGCUGACAAGCCCGCCCGUCUUGGCACUCCCGACGGGCGCGUCGUCUGCAGCCGCAAUCACCGCUGCACCGCCGCUGCUCAUAUCAACACACUUGCUGAAGCUGGUGCUUAACAACACCGGCUUCACGUCCCUCGCGCAGCUGCGUGCGCUGAUUGCCGUGCCGGCGCUGAGGGAGUUGCACUUGGACUCGAACAAGCUGACCUCGCUGGACCUGGUCACGGCAACGGAGGCGGCGAGUGGGGCGGCUGCCGGUGCUGCGGCGGCUGCGAUCUGCUUCCCGCGCGUCACCACGCUCAGUCUGGCGCACAACGAGCUGUCCGACUGGCGCGCGAUCAGCGCGGCGAUCUCGCAGGCGUUCCCCGCGCUCACCGAGCUCUUCCUCGCCGACAACAGACUGCAGGAUUUGAUUUUGUCGGAUGACCUCGUCGCCCAUGCCGCCGCGGGCGUUGCGUGGACGGCGGCGGAGGAGCGGGAGAUGCAGCCAUACGCCUAUCUGAGGCCGCUGACGCUGUUGGGCGUGAACGACAACCCCACGCUGGCGCAUCCCGCGACGGUGGACGCCGUUCGUGUGCUCUGCCCGCGGCUGACCACCUUCCGCAUUACCUACCGCACGCUGCUGCCGGCGUGGAAUGAGACUAACAGCCGAAUGUACGUGGUGGCCGCGCUGCCGACGAUAUCGCUGCUGAACCGCGGCACGGUGCGGGCAAAGGAGCGGCUAGACUCGGAGCUGCUGUACGUCCAGCGAGGGCUGCAGCAGCGUAUGCGCGACGCGGAGACAGCGGAGACAGCAGCGGCAGCAACUCAACAAGGCGACACACCUCAGCCGCACACCGCCGCCGUCCCGCAUGUCCCGUAUCCGCUGGUGGACGUGCUGCGGGAGAGGCACAAGGACGUCGUGCUGAGCAUGCAGCGGGAGGGCGACACCGCGACCACCACCGGGGCCGGCCACGUGAUGCUGAACGUGACGCUGCACUUUGUGAACGGCUACGCGGCAGCCACAGCGACGGCAACCGACAGUCCGUUGUCCACGCAGACGCAGAAGCUGCCGAGCUCGCUGACGGUGGCGAAGCUAAAGGCGCUGAUGCAGAAGGUGUUUCAGGUGAGACCCGUGAAUCAGCGGCUGAGCUACCGCAGCGGCGACCACGGUGUGCUGGAGACGCAAACCCCCCUCGAUAACGAGCAGGAGACGCUGGGCUACUACGGCGUGCCAGAUGGGGCGAUCAUCUACGUCGAGGACGCGUCCCUGCGCGACUAG